AUGGCUCAAACACGAUACGUCGACCGCGUUAUUCCUCAAAUAUCCUUAUCGGACUUUGAGAGCCGGAUCGACAAAAUCACAGCAGAGCUUAUAGACGCCGCUGAAAAUGUUGGCUUCUUCACCCUGGUGGAUCAUGGAAUCUCCAAGGAAGAUAUUGAGGCUAUUUUCAUGACGUCCAAGAGCUUCUUUGACCUACCCAGCGACGCCAAAGCGACCGUGCCAUGGAAUUCCAACAACGUGGGAUGGGAGAGAAACUCACAAAUUCGACCAUCCACCGGAAAGCCGGACAGCAAAGAAUCUUAUCAACUUCAGUUCGGAGACAGCAUGAAGGGGUUAUGGGUAGCAGACGAGCAUCUCCCCGGGUUUCGAACUACCUCCCUGGAAUUUAUGCAUCGGGUGCAGAAGAUAUCGGAAUGUCUAAUGCGGUGUUUCGCUCGAGGCCUGGGAUUCCCUGAUGAGUUUUUUAUCAAGUGUCACGACGUCGCGCGCCCGGACUCUCAAACCACCAUGCGGCUACUUCAUUACUUCGCGCUGCCGGAGGAAGCCGACGGGAAAGUGUAUCAUCGCGCAGGGGCACAUGCUGAUUGGGACUUUCUGACUCUACUUUUUCAGAAAGAAGGGCAAAGUGGGCUCGAAAUAUGCCCGGGCCGCGAAUCGGUUACCGAAUUUGGCAUUGGGGACGAAUGGACCAAGGUGGAGGCGAGGACUGGGGAAAUCGUUUGCAACAUUGGGGACUUGCUCAUGUCGUGGUCGGAUGAUCGGUUUAAGUCGACUUUCCACCGCGUUAAGGCGCCGUGUGAGCCUUGGGAUUAUUUUGGGGACCGGUACAGCAUUGCAUACUUCAACCAGCCCUGCAAGGACACAUUGAUCCAAGGGCCAUUGAAAAAGUAUCCAAUAGUGACCGGGGCUCAGUUUACCGAGAGUGCGAUGCAGAGGAACUUUGCUGCACUGCAGGAGAAGUUGAAGACUGUCGGGGCGGCAUAA